CUGUAACACAACACUCACACAGUAGGCAAAACUUUGAAGUGGUUUCUGACACUAACAGACAGUUAAUUUUCAUAACAGUAACUUCCACAAAGUUUGCACUUGAACAGACACACACACACAUUUAUAUACAGCAUAUGCGCGCAUGCAUCAAGGCAGAAACACUGGGAAGCGUUCUUUUUUUCAGAGCUUUUUCCAUACUCAUCUAUGCAGUGCCACAUUUGAAGAAUUGCUUCCUGGAGAAUAAAGUGAUGUAGUGUAGAGGACGUCCACAUUGUUGAAUGCUCUGUUUCCACGCACGAGAGGACGCAGCAGCCAGCUCUUCUUAACCCAAAAGAGAGAAAGGAAUUAAAGACUUCCAUGGAAACCCAAAGCCCACAGACUACGACUGUAAGCUCCAUGAUGACCCCAGGAUCCUUGUUCACAACGUCAAAACCGCCGGAUGAUGUGAAUACAAAUACUGAGUACCACAUGGUCCUCAUGGCCAUCUACUCUGUGGUCCUUCUCUGCGGUACCAUCAGCCUGAGCCUGAUGAUAUACAUCAUGAAGUCCAGCACUACAUCCACCACCUCCAUCGCUGUACUCAACCUCAUCUUCUCCCACUUUGUCUUCCUUCUUACCGUGCCCUUCAGGAUUCAUUAUUAUGCCAAAGGUAAUUGGAUCUUCGGCGCCGAGUGGUGUAAAGUGGCCAGCGGCAUGAUCCAUAUCCACAUGUACAUGUCUUUUGUCUUCUAUGUGAUCAUCCUCAUCACACGCCUGAUGAUGUUCUACUGCAAAGGUGAGCAGGUGGCCUCCUUCCAGAGGAUUCAUGCACUCAUUGUCAGUGCUGGGGUGUGGAUAGUGGUGCUUGUCACGGUCCCUUGCAUUAUCCAUUAUUCCUAUGGCAAAAAUGCUACAAAAAAUACUACAAAGAGUGAAAACUACACAAACAGUGGCACCUGUUUCCAGUUUGGUGAAAACAUAGAGUCCGCUGCCAAGGUGUUCAACUACAUCAUAAGCAUGGUGAUCAUAGUGGUGGCCACAGUGCUGACGGCCCUCCAGGCCAAUGCCCUGAGGGUUUUAUACAGAAAGCAUAGACAAAGAUGCACCUCACAGCAAGAUUUUUGGGCUCAACUGAAGAGUCUAUUCUUCGCACUCAUCAUGAUGGUCUGCUUUGUUCCCUACCACCUGUUCCGGAUGAAAUAUUUAGAAAACAUCAGUCUGCAAAAUGUCAAUGAGGUGUUUCUGAGUCUGACCACUUUUAACUGUUUAGACAUGCUCACCUUCUUGGGGAGAAGAACUUGCUAUGCCUGCUUCCCAGGAAAGGAUAUUUGAGACUUGAGAAUUUUACUUUACACUUUUUUAAGAAGAAGAUUGCUUAUUAUAUGCAUGGCCAUGGACAAAAAAACUACGCAAAACACAUAAGAACACUGAAACAGGUUGCACUGAAUUAAGAAUUUUUUUUUUUAAUUUUUUAAAAAAAAAAUUGUAAAAAUAUUAAGAGGUCACACGUGGCAAAAAGGGAAAAGAAAUUCGAAAGACUGAAUAGUGUUGUUAUUUCAUCUUUGUUUGAUGCAUGUAAAAAGAAGGUCACAAUCAGUUAUCUAUCCACACAAAAGCUAUGUCCAAAUGUCCUUUCUGUCGAAUAGUAGUGUUGAAUCAGCUGUGUAAAUCUAACUGUUUGCUUAAACAGCCAUGCCAAAUCUUUUCACUCACCACAGAAAAUCAUCUGUCUUUUUCUGUUGUUGGAUGGUGGUGCAAGAGAAAUUGAAAGUUCACCCUCCACUAACUUUUUUUUAACUGAAUGGUGGUGAUAGUGGUGUUUGGGGUUUGACCCUAUAAGAACAAAACCAAAUAGACCCACUGUUGUGUAA